AUGACGACACUUGGCACCCCUAACAAGAUUGUUGGCACCCCUGACCAGAUUGUUGGCACCCCUAACAAGAUUGUUGGCACCCCUGACCAGAUUGUUGGUACCCCUAACAAGAUUGUUGGCACCCCUGACCAGAUUGUUGGCACCCCUGACCAGAUAGUUGGCACCCUUGACCAGAUUGUUGGCACCCCUGACCAGAUUGUUGGCACCCCUGACCAGAUAGUUGGCACCCUUGACCAGAUUGUUGGCACCCCUGACCAGAUUGUUGUUCCUGACUCAGACAUUGUAGCACCAGCUACCAAGAUUGUUGGCACCCCUGACCAGAUUGUUGGCACCCAUGAUCAGAUUGUUGGCACCCCUGACCAGAUUGUUAGCACCCCUGACCAGAUUGUUGGCACCCCUGACCAGACUGUUGUCAAGCCUGACCAGACUGUUUUCAACCCUGACCACCACAUUUCUUGA